AUGUCUUCGGAUCAAAUUCGGGGAGUUUUGAUGGGUCAAUUGGUGGGCGAUGCUCUGGGCGCUCGCUAUGAGUUUGAGAAGGCCGCCGAAGUGGAAAAAAUGAUAAAAAACGACAUGAAACACGCGAACGGAGACAUUCUACCGAUGCUCGGCAUUGCGCAUGAUGGGGAGAUGACGUUGUGCUUGGCGAGUGGUCUACUCAAAUACUCGGGAUACAACCGGGGCCACAUGGCAAGCGCGUAUGUGAGAUGGCAGCAAACAGACUGUUUAUUCAUUGGACGCACCACAUAUUAUGCGUUGAAAAUUGUCGAAGCUCUACCGAAAGAGUGGAUGGGAAUUUGGACGGACGAGGAUAAAGAGAGGAUCCUAGAAAAAGUUUUGCAAAAUGUCGAUUUGGACAAGGGCCGCUCGCAAUCGAAUGGUUUUUUGAUGAGAAUCGCGCCCCUGCCUGCCUUCUACCACAAUCAACCAUUUGAGAGUUGGUCGUAUCUGGUGGCCGAGGAGGUCGGGCUUACCCACUCGCAUCCGGCCACCACCGAUGCGGCCCUCGUCUACACGAAAGCCAUCCAUCAAUUGAUCAACAAGACCACUCCCGAAGAGGUUUAUCGAAAUGCUCUGUCAACAGCGACGAAUCCGAUCGUCAAAAAACAUCUGGAACUGGCAGCAAACCAACGAGCCCCGUUCCCAUAUGGAGAUGAGUUGAGUCAAACGACAAGAGGGGAUGAUAUAGUGAUGGGAUACUUUGGGAUCGCUUUACAGUUGGCCUUCCACGAAUUGCUCCACGCAAAAACGUUUGUUGAGGGUCUGGUAAAUGUGGUUCUCAUCGGUGGCGAUGCGGACACGAACGGAUGCAUAACGGCCGCACUUUUGGGGGCUCGUUUCGGGGAAACGGCCAUCCCAUUCGAGUGGAGGGAACGAGUUGAGAAUGCGGAUCUUCGCAUUAAAAACGAGAACGGAAUCACUUCGAUUAAAGAAAUUGUUGACAAAUUCGGAGAAAUUGGAAAAAAU